AUGGAAGCGGAUUUCGGGUUCAUUGGACUGGGGAAUAUGGGUUUUCAGAUGGCUGGAAAUAUACGCAAACACAUGACAGCAUCUGCAACCUUAUACGUAUUCGAUAUCGUUCCCGAAGCAUGUGAGCGGUUCAUUAAGAAAUUUGGAAAUUUCGGCCCGAUUAGCAUUGCUCACACGUCGAAGGAGGUGGCAGAGAAGUCGCAGACGGUUAUAUCAAUGGUCCCAAACGGCGGUAAUGCCCAGGAAGUGUACCUCGACCCGCAAAACGGAGUCAUUGCGGCUACUGAACAGAUAGACCGUUUGAUGUUGGAGUGCAGUACAAUUGAAGUCAAAGUGUCUCGAGAUAUUGGGAAAUCAGUCAUGGAUGCCGGCCAGGGUGUCUAUGUCGAUGCACCCGUUUCUGGAGGUACUGCGGGCGCCGAAGCAGGGACUUUGUCAUUCAUGGUAGGCUUCCCCCCAGUGGCUGGCGCCGACCCGCUGCGGAGACGCAUUCAAGACGUUCUCAACUUCAUGGGUGCUCCAGAACGAGUGACCUUUUGCGGCAGUCUCGGCGCAGGACUGGUGUGUAAAACCGUCAACAAUUACAUGGGCCUGAGCAACAUAGUGACAGCCGCCGAGGGCAUGGCAUUUGGCAUCAAACAUGGGGUGGACAAGAUGACUCUGUACAAGUGUAUCAAAAGCUCAAGUGGUGACUCUUGGGCCAUGGACAACGCUCAACCAGUUCCUGGCAUCCACGUGAAAUCAGCUUCAACAGAUGGAUUUCGACAAACAUUCGCGCCUCGCUUAUGUGUCAAGGAUGUAUCCUUGGCUUUGGAAGCAGCGAAAGAUGCUGGAACUGAGGCAUCCAUGGGCGAGGCGGCCCUGAAAGUUUUCCAAAGGACGAAUGAUGACCCACGGACCACAAACCUCGAUUGCUCGGCAGUCUGGCUCCAUGUUAGCCAUGACGUAGAUCUUAUCUAG